AUGGAGGCCCAGCCGUGGGACCCCGUCCGUAACGACUCGCUGCCGCCCACGCUGACCCCGGCCGUGCCCCCCUACGUGAAGCUCGGCCUCACCAUCGUCUACACAGUGUUCUACUCGCUGCUCUUCGUGUUCAUCUACGUGCAGCUCUGGCUGGUGCUGCGCUACCGCCACAAGCGGCUCAGCUACCAGAGCGUCUUCCUCUUCCUCUGCCUCUUCUGGGCCUCCCUGCGGACCGUCCUCUUCUCCUUCUACUUCAGAGACUUCGUGGCGGCCAACGCGCUCAGCCCCUUCGUCUUCUGGCUGCUCUACUGCUUCCCCGUGUGCCUCCAGUUCUUCACCCUUACGCUGAUGAACUUGUAUUUCACGCAGGUGAUUUUUAAAGCCAAGUCAAAAUAUUCUCCAGAAUUACUCAAAUACCGGUUACCCCUCUACCUGGCCUCGCUCUUCAUCAGCCUUGUUUUCCUGUUGGUGAAUUUAACCUGUGCGGUGCUGGUGAAGACCGGCACCUGGGAGAGGAAGGUGAUCGUGUCCGUGCGCGUGGCCAUCAACGACACGCUCUUCGUGCUGUGUGCCGUCUCCCUGUCCAUCUGCCUCUACAAAAUCUCCAAGAUGUCCUUGGCCAACAUUUACUUGGAGUCUAAGGGCUCCUCCGUGUGCCAGGUGACCGCCGUCGGCGUGACUGUCAUCCUGCUCUACACCUCUCGGGCCUGCUACAACCUGUUCAUCCUGUCGUUCUCUCAGAGCAAGAACGUCCAUUCCUUUGAUUACGACUGGUACAAUGUGUCAGACCAGGCGGAUUUGAAGAAUCAGCUGGGAGAUGCUGGAUACAUAGUAUUUGGAGUGGUCCUCUUUGUGUGGGAACUCUUACCUACCACCUUAGUAGUCUACUUCUUCCGAGUCAGAAAUUCUACAAAGGACCUUACAAACCCUGGAAUGGUCCCCAGCCAUGGAUUUGGCCCCAGAUCUUACUUCUUUGACAACCCUCGAAGGUAUGACAGCGAUGAUGACCUUGCCUGGAACACUGCCCCCCAGGGUCUUCAGGGAAGUUUUGCUCCAGACUACUACGACUGGGGACAACAAACAGCGAACAGCUUCCUGGCACAAGUAGGAACUUUACAACCAGACUCAAUUCUGGAUCCUGACAAACCAAGCCAUGGGUAG